AUGGACGGCACUAUGAUUUCUUCUUCGAAUGAGGACGGCGUGGCCAUCCUUAUCUUGGAAACAGGCGACCAGCCAUUCACUUCUGCAAAGGUCGACCAUCAAAACUGCCCGUGCGCCAACGAAGGCAGCAGUGGAAGUGGCCUUGCCUCUCUCCCGGACGGCUCCAAGGCAACUUGCGCGAAAGAAGAUGACGCAAAGACCGAUCAUGCUUCAUCCCAUGAUAACUCCCCAAUCAAUUCCACGGAGGAGCAAAACCCCACCGUUUCCCCCGGAGGCUUGCAGGCCAAUAGAAGUAAGCCCUCUCGUACUCUGCACGCAGAUAUUGCCAUUCCCGAACUCAAGGAGAUGAUCUGGAAGGCGGUAGUAGAGGGCAACACUUUCCACCAUAGCUCCCACGCUAUCAGCAUUCAUUGGGAGGACGAUGAUACGAAUGCUGAAAAGGAUGUCAACACGUUUGCAAAAUUGAUGAGGAUGAUCGGCGUAGGCCACUCCAUCAUCCAGCUCACCGAGAAGUCGCCUGAUAUCGCACUGCGCCAGGGCCUAUUGGCUUGUCUUGGGGAUCUGGCGAGUGUCGAAACGUCCCUUGCGAUCAUCCACUACGCGGGAAAUGGGUCACUGAGUCCCACCGGGGACUUGAUGCUGCGCUGUAGCCUCCGGGAUGGCUCCGCUCACGUCAUGUGGGAAGAUGCCCACGAAUUCAUGAUUGACUGCAAGGGAGGAUUCGAGAAACGAAUAUUUAAGAAGAUGGAUCUUUUGUGCGUUCUCGACUGCUGCUACAGCGGUACCGCCAUCAGGAGGAAUCCGUUCACUAAUACUAUACGAGCAAUCAACAUGUUGACUGCCUGUGCAGCAGACGAUGCGAAUGCGGAAGUACGAGGACGCUCGAUAUCCUUCACCGAACGCGUCGUGGGCCAGUGCUGGAACCAACUGAAGUCGGGUGCUAACGUCUUGGAUUUCUUCGAGACGUACAGAUGCAUUCUCAAGCAGUCAUUCGAUGAGGAGCCCGUCUUCGGUAACUUGGGGGAAGGUCCGGUUGUGUUCACUAUUGGCAGCGAAUUCGUCAAGGCAAUCACGUCCAGUCCAGUCGGCCCUAGCAAUAUUGUCGGGGCCUCAAUCAAGACACUCGACCGAGAUCUCUAUCGUUUUCCCGUCACAGUGCUGUUCGCAUGGCAGUCGAAUUUAGGCUUCAUCAUUGCCGUAAGCGUUCCGUUCAGACUUUGGUGGCGGUUAAAGGAUGUCCCUGCGGUUACUUUGAUCGCCGAAACGGGCUUAAUUAUAGAGUGGCGGAGCCCGAGCAUCAUAACGGCCAGCCCCUCCGCCCCAGUUAUUGAUGGUGCAGACUCUCAUGCCGACGAGCAGAUCUCCGUUCUGGAGCUUAUGGUUGACGAGAGACCUUCAGUCACGAUCGGCGAGCAGCCCUCCGUCACAAUCGCCGAGCAGCCCUCCGCCCCGCAGCUCACGGCCGACGAUCAGCCCCCAGUCGCAAUCGACGAGCAGCCCUCUGCCAUAAUGUAUCGCCACCCAAUUGGGCGCCACCGUGGCUACUAA